GCGCCCCAUGGCGCCUUCUGAGAUCCCAAAGUGCUUGAUUGGGUAGACUGAUGACUAAUCCUUUUACAUUGGGUUUCCUUUUAUAAAACUUGGUCACUACAGUGCUUGUUUCUUUACCUUUCGCAUUAUCAAAGAACUUACAACCUCAAGCUCAACCUCGAAUCAACUUUUUCAUCAAACCAACUUUAGUCGAUCACAUCAUGUCAACAUCAACAUCAGAAAACGAACCAAACUCAGAAGAAUUUCCAACAAUCUUAGACCCAAAAACAUGUUUACAAAAAGGGCGAUGUGAAGUAGGAAACUCUCGAAGACUAAAACCAUACAAAAUCUAUUACGAACUUCAUGGAAACUCAUCAAUCCAAGCUAAAAAGAAAAUGAUUUUUAUAAUGGGUUUAAACAAUACGUUUUUUUCUUGGUCUAAACAAGUUGAACAUUUUGGAAAAUUAGAUGAUCAUGUGGUUUUAGUUUUUGAUAAUCGAGGUGUUGGAAAUAGCGAUGUUGGACCUGAAAGAUUUUUUAAAACUUCUGGAAUGGCUAAAGAUGUGAUUGAUUUAUUAGAUUUUAUUGGAUGGAAUCAGUCUAGAUCGAUUAAUGUAAUAGGAGUUUCAAUGGGAGGUAUGAUUGCACAAGAAUUAUGUUUACAAAUUCCACAAAGAAUCGUUUCAGUGGUCUUUACGAGUACUCAGGCAGGUGAAUCAAACAGAUUACCACCUUUAAGUACAACCUUUGGAAUCCUACGAAUGUUACUCAGUGGAGGUACACCAGAAGAAAGAAUUGCCAGGCUAGUGACCAAACUUUUCCCAGCGGUUUGGCUCGAUUCAACUGCUUCAGAUGGAAGUGGAAAAACAAAUCGUCAAGUCAAACAAGAAGAAUUAGUUUCCAAUUAUUACAAACGACGUGAACAACCAACGGCCGGGAUCAUUGGUCAAUUAUCUGCAGCUGCCACUCAUCUAUGUACACCUGAAGUGCUUGGUCGACUUGCCAAAAGUGUGGCACCGGCUAAGUUGGUUGUCUUAUCUGGUGCAUUAGAUCAGGUUAUAGAUGUUAGUAAAAGUAUCACACUUCAUGAAAACCUUCCGGGUUCUGAAUUGGUUGUGUUGAGGAUGCAGGUCAUGCUCUUGUCACAAGACGUGUGAUGCGUGAAGGAUUUGAAGCUGUUUAUCAUCUUCAUAAUCUCAUCUGCAUAUUAUGUGUACCUUUUUUUCGUUGAAUAUAUCACAUGGUAAACCAUGGUUCAUAUGUAUCGCAUAGGUGUUGAAACUUUUUAAAUGUAUUCUGAUCUAGCCUUUAUCUUACUCUGAUGGAAAGCAAAUCUAUAUAUCUUUUUCAACUUGAUUUCAUUGAAUGUUUUGAGAUGAGCUUCUCUUAUGAAAUAAACAAGUAUUUCCCUUUC